AUGCCAGCACACCAUCUCGAGGACUCGGAGGGGCAGUGUGAGGGACGCAACGCGCUGGGCGUGUUGGAGCGGGCCACAUGGGCGCGCACAUGCCCACAUGCAAGGGAGCGGGGACUGCAUGAACGUUUUGGACGACCCGUUUCGUCAUCGCCAAGCUUGGCUCGAAGAGUCGAAGAGGGUCAUGGGCGGCGGAAGCGUAACUAUCGCCGCAAGGGAUGGGCGGUGGGAGACGAGGGGUGGUACUCGACAGUCAAAGACCCGACAGUUCAAAGACUCGAGCGGCAGGCGAACCACCAGAUACGGCCGUCUCCUCAACACCAGGGCCAGGGAUCGACACACGAACCCAAAAAGGUUGUCAAACGGCACGGCACUGCAGCAGCCUGGACACCCACACCCACAGCGUUACCCAUGACACUCUACUACUAUACCACAGCCGUCUAUGGCAUUUCACUGGAGACGGAAGAUGGCCAUGGCAAAGACCUGCAGGAUCGCCGUGGUCCUAUCAAGGUACUGGCCGGCAUGGGUGAGCGGGUGGCAUGGUCCGAUGGAGAGUUGCACAACUGCCUCACACCAUCACCGGUCGGGAUGGACCAGCAUCGAAGCCAGCAAAAGAGGAAUCACCACGGCGGUGGCGGCGUCGGUAUCGGAUUGUCGGAAGGGUCACGGUUCCCCCCAGGCGAGAAGCCCACUCAUCUCCAUCGAAACGCCACUCCCGGGCUUGAGCGGCAGACAGGGAAAAAACCCGGUGCUUCCCAAGUUGGCGAUGGAGGCCAGUGGGAUGAUGGCGGCGAUGAAACGAGGUCCGGGGUGAGAGCUGAUGCCGGCAAAUCAGGUGACUGA